AUGUUCUCCGUCGGGCUUGUUGUGCUCACUUUCGUCGGUAUGAGCUUAUGUCAACAAAUGCAACAAUUCAACUCUGGUUUACCGUCACAAUACUUGCCAUCCACCUUGGCACAGGGGACCUUCCAGGGGUCGCCGGCAGUUGUCCAACAGCCGUGGACUAAAUUCGAAGACAUCGAAAAUCAAUCUGACAAACUAUCGUUUUCAAACUUGGAACAAUCAAAGUCUUACCAAGAUGCUGUGCAACAACAAAAUCUAGCUCAGUCAUACCAGACGGCUUUCGGAAACACUGGUGUGCAGUAUUCAACCGGUACCCCAAACUCUUACCGUGGCAAUCAAGAUAGCCAACAGUACUACGGGCCUGCCACUCAACUGUCAGCUGAACCUCAAUUGAUUACCAAGGAAUCGUACUCGACAUCCUUACCGGUAGUCAUCCCCGCGGCCACCUCAGCACAGGUUCAACCAGGCUACAAACAACAAUUCACCACCCCGACUCAAACUCAACAAGAUAUCCUUGGUGUUAAUGCUGCUCAUGAUCAACAUGAAUACAGACAUCAUCAAGAGUAUAGAAGUCAACAUUUGCCUUCCCUAGCUCAAGCUCAAGUAGAGUAUAAACAACAGGUCGCUGAUCUUGAACAAGCACAACUUGAGUACAAACAACAGUUCGCCGCUUUAAGUAAGACUCAACAAGAACUUAAACAACAGUUCGCUGAACCAGUUGAGGCUCAACAUGAAUUGAAAAAACAGUUUUCCUCCCUUGUGCAAGCUCAAAAAGAGUUCAAACAACAGUUCGCCGCUCUAAAUGAGGCUCAACAAGAACUUAAACAACAUUUCGCUGUACCAGUUCAGGUUCAACAACAAUUAAUACAACAGUCCACCGCACUUGCACAAUCCCAACACGAGUUUACCAAACAAUUUUUCGCUCUUUCACAAGCUCAACAAGAGUACAAACAACAGUUCGCUGAACUUGCACAAGCUCAACUGGAGUUCAAACAACAAUUCGCAGCACUUAUCCAAGCCCAAAAAGAACUUAAACAACAGUUCGUGGCCCCAAAUCAGAUUCAUCAUGAAUUCAAACAACAAUUAACUGCCCCAGCUCAACAAUUAUACAGACAGUACGCCGUACCACAUCAGGGCGGACAAGACUACAGACAACGAUUCGUUGUUCCAACACCCGCAUAUUUAUACAUCCAAAAAUCAACCGCCUCCACUGCCACAGGUCCAAUAAGUUACAAUUACGUCGCCCAGUAUCCGGCCACCCAGACCAAAUCUCAAACAGUCUCCGCCGUCCAACCAAAAUUACAGUACGCCACCAUCCCACAACAGUACUACCAUACCGUUCCCACAGGACAGAUCACCAUUACCGAACAACCACGCGUCCAACAGUCAUCAACAAACCAAUCGUCGUCAGGAGUUGCCAUAUCUACCACACCAAUCCCAUUGAAAGAAUCGGUCACCUACAAGUCUGAAUCAACACCAACACCCCGACAACAACUCAAAGUUCCUCAUAGCGACCUUAGAAUCAUCGCUUAG